AGCAUAGUGUAAUGGAACCUUAAUCAGUUUUCGGCAGGAAUGGAGAAGUGCCUGCUGCACAGACAGGAUUAGGAAUAUGCAGGGAGCCACCUUCACUGGGUGCUUAACCUCUAGGGUAGGUGACUCAGCUGGUAGCGGGAGCUCGGGGCGGGACUGUUCCCUACAGGGGGCGGGACGUGUUUCCUCGAGGACCAAUAGCGGAGUCCUCCGAGGCCGCGGGAAAUCAGAAAGAGCUUCGGUGGCCUCAGUCCCGCCCACUGGAGUGCCUGCCGCCUGAGCCGUAAUCCUAGCUGCGUCUGCGGACUCUAUCCCAGGUCCCAGGACUUUAGGGGACCUAGUUUCUGCUCUGUUCCCUGCCGCCAUCAUCCCCAUUCCUACCCCGACCAUGACCGAGCCUUUCUCCCUGGCCGACUGCGACGUGGUAGGCUUUGACCUCGAUCACACUCUGUGUUGCUACAACCUGCCAGAGAGCGCCCAGCUUAUCUAUGAUAGCUGUGCUCAGUACUUGGUAAAUGAGAAAGGGUAUGCUAAAGAAUUGCUAAGUGUACCUCCAGCAAGUUGGGAUUUUUGUUGCAAAGGCUUGGCAUUGGAUCUCGAAGAUGGAAACUUUAUUAAACUUGCACAUGAUGGAACUGUUCUGAGGGCAAGCCAUGGCACUAAAAUGAUGACUUCUGAAGAGCUUCUGGGAAUAUAUGGAAAGAAGAAAUGGCAACACUUUACAGAGGACCCUUCAAUGGUUUCUCGCUCAGCAAAAUAUUAUUUCUAUGACAACUAUUUUGACCUUCCUGGAGCCCUUCUUUGUGCCAGGAUUGUAGAUGGCUUAUCCGAGAAAAGUAACCUGGAAACAUUUGAUUUUUGGAAGGAUAUUCUUGCUAGUGUACACCAUAACUAUAAAACAACAGCUUUUAAAGAAAACUCUGGAAUGUAUUAUCCAGCAAUUAAAAGCCAUCCGGGCAAAUAUUUGAAGAUUUGCCCUGAAUCUGUAAAAAAGUGGUUUCAACAGUUGAAGAGUGCUGGAAAGAUUCUCUUAAUAAUCACUAAUUCAUAUAGUAACUACUGCAGACUUCUCUGUGAGUAUGCUAUUGGGAAUGAUUUUACAGAUAUUUUUGAUAUUGUGAUUUCAAAUGCACUGAAGCCUGGUUUCUUCUCUCAACAACCAAAUAAGAGACUAUUUCUAACAAUUGAGGAUGAUGAAGAACAAGAUGCUCUGCCCAGUCUAGAUAAACCUGGCUGGUAUUCCCAAGGAAAUUCUGACCAGCUGUAUGAACUCCUCAAGAAGAUGACUGGCAAGGCACAGCCCAAGGUUGUUUAUUUUGGUGACAGCAUGCAUUCAGAUAUUUUCCCAGCCCAUUACUAUAGUAACUGGGAGACGGUCCUCAUCUUAGAAGAACUCAGAGAAAAUGAAGAUAUAGUGCCUAAAAGGAAUGAAUCUGAACCUUUGGAGAAGAAAGGAAAGUAUGAGGGGCAGCACAUUAAGCCUUUAUAUUCAUUUUCUAAACAAUGGGGCUCUUUCUUUGUUGAUGGUAUUCUGGGUAAGGAGAACAUGGAGAAUUUGUUGACUUUCACAUGGUCUUGUAAACGGAUUCAUGAUUACAGCACUAUUACUGUCCCAAGUCUGGAAGCUAUAGCAGAUUUACCCUUGGACUACAAAUUUACCAGAUUCUCUUCUGAUGACCCAAAAAUGACUGGUUAUUAUCCCAAACCCCCAAUGGACAUAUUAUCAAGUGGAAAGUCAUUGACUACCAAAUAAGUCGCCCUUUUUUCCUUUAAAAACAAAGGAUAGUUAGUCAGUGCUAUCAGAAUGGUAAUUUGUGAUGAAAAAAAACUAGUACUGACAUAUUUUAUCCAAAAGCUAAUUCCAAAGAGCAAUACAAAUACAAAUUUGUACUUCAAACUCUGUAUCACCUGUGUUGGCUUGAAAACUUUCAUUGUGUUACCUUUUUUUUUUGCUUGAUACCAUUGUUCUCUCUGAAGAUCAAUCACUUUAAAUGAUUUUGCUAUUGAUUCCACAACCAGGACAGUUGUGCUCUAUGUUCUUUUGAUAUCUAUUUCAUAAGUUGUUCUUUGUUACAAGAAGAAGGCCAGAACCAAGAACUUAAAUGGGAGUUUGCAGCCCAUUGCCUGUGCUUGGCUGCUUAUCCAGCAUGUUAAUUCUUGCCCACUAUGGGAAGGGCACAGUGCCCAUAUUGGAAAAUAUCAGUAGUUUACUAUACAACAAGUAGACGGUUGGUUGGUCUACUUAAGUUAUAGCCAGGAGUUUAGAGUCAGAACAACCAUAUGAUGAAAACAAUGAGAAUAUAAAUAGUUCAUUAGUUAAACAAAAUGUACACUCCUCAGGCACACUUUAGACAGGAGAAGAAAUGUGACUCAGGGUUGGGUAAUAGCUUUCAUCUAAAAUGCAUUUGCCUAGCUCAAGUUCAGUUUGAUAGUAACAGCUAUAGGAUGAUGUUUUCACACCUGCAUCCCAAUAGGAAAGCUUCACAAUUAUUGACCAUCACCAACUUUAAAGGUAAACCAAAGUAUGAUAUCCACAAUUUUACAAAACAAGCCUUUAUACUCAGAAUGUAAAAGAAUUUAGAUAAGGCUUUAGUUGUAUUUUCACGUAUGAGCUGAGCCAUAGACAAGCAAAGAAUAUUUCUUUUCUGUUCUUCCUUGAGGCCUUUAGUUUUACCCAAAAAUAAAGCUUUUCUUUUAAAAAAAA